UGCAUUUGCAGCAAGAGGGAGACAGACUCUCAGGAGGGACAGCUGCCCUUUUAGGAAGGAAUGAUUGAAGCUCAUCCUUCUUUAGGAAGAAUUCUGAAGCUUUCAGGGCAGGCUCAUUUUGUCCUGAAAGCAGCUGUAUAAGUCAUGUGGCUCUACCUGGUGGCCCUGGUGGGCCUGUGGAAGCUCCUGCACUUGUUCCAUGAGAAGAAGGUGGUGAACCAUCUCCAAGACAAGUAUGUUUUCAUCACGGGCUGUGACUCGGGCUUCGGGAACCUGCUGGCCAGACAGCUGGACAGGAGAGGCAUGCGGGUGCUGGCUGCAUGUCUGACAGAGAAGGGAGCCGAGGAGCUGAGGAGAAAGACAUCUGACAGGCUGGAGACAGUGAUCCUGGAUGUCACCAAGACGGAGAGUAUUGUGGUAGCCACUCAGUGGGCGAAGGAGCGUGUUGGGGACAGAGGACUCUGGGGUCUGGUCAAUAACGCUGGCAUCUCCAUCCCCUCGGGUCCCAAUGAGUGGAUGAACAAGCAGGAUUUUGCAAGUGUACUGGAUGUGAACCUGUUGGGUGUGAUCGACGUGACUCUGAACAUGCUGCCCUUAGUGAGGAAGGCGAGGGGCCGUGUGGUCAACGUCGCCAGCGUCAUGGGUCGAGUGUCUUUCUUUGGUGGCGGUUAUUGUAUCUCCAAGUAUGGCAUAGAGGCCUUCUCAGACUCACUCAGGAGGGAGCUCUCCUAUUUUGGGGUGAAGGUGGCUAUUAUAGAGCCUGGAGGCUUCAAGACUUCUGUGACAAGUAGUGACAGGCUAUCAUCAAACACCAAGAUGACCUGGGACAAGGCCAGCUCAGAAGUCAAAAAGAUCUAUGGCGAGAAGUUUUUAUCAUCCCAUCUGAAAAAGCUAAACAAAUUGGAUGAGAUGUGCAACAAGGACCUGUCUUUGGUGACUGACUGCAUGGAGCACGCUCUGACUGCCUGUCACCCUCGCACCCGAUACUCAGCUGGCUGGGAUGCCAAGCUCUUCUACCUCCCCUUGAGCUACCUGCCCACCUGUCUUGUGGAUGCCCUUCUCUACUGGACUUCUUCAAAGCCUGAAAAAGCUCUCUGAAAUCUUUCCUAUAUGUCUAGAUGGGCAUGUGGAGGUAGAGGGUAAAGGAGGGAGUCCUCAGGAGAAAGUAGGAGGAGGGAGGGAGGGAGGGAGGGCUGGGGUUCUUAGUCCACACUCUUCAUCCCAUUGAUUUUCCUGUGAUACAACUCAAGACUGAUGAUGACCAAAGAAAUAGGCAAAGAAUUCUACCAAGGGAUUCAGAUACAAAAGUGCUGUCUGAUGCCCAAACCCUGAGCAUCAUGGCCUACCGUGAGGAUCCACACAAAUGAGGAGGUUGGGACCAGCUUGUGCCAAGCACUGCCCUCUGCCCUCCUCUGAAUGAAAAGCACAUGCCCUGGCUAGUUUAAACCCCUAUGCAGCAUGGAAGUGUCCCUGCUCGGAAGUCUCCUGUAACCAUGGUGUGAGGUCUGAGAGAGUCACUAACAAUGCCAGCAAUCAUGCCGGGGAAUCAGGUUGGCAGGCCCUGGAUGGGAGGUUCAGUUCCCAGUGGUGAGAAUCUAGCAGAGGAUGGAGACACCAAUUUUUUAAAUUUAUUUUGAAAUCAUGGGUUUUUUUGGGGGACUCUUUAUUUUUAGAACAAAGUAUGUGAUGAUCUCCGGUGCCUUGUGAUUUAAACUAUGGGUUUGCUAGUCAGUAAGGUUUGGAUCAUAUAGGUAAGGGGAUUGUCCUGCGAAGGGUUAGCACAGGCCAGAUGGCUUCACCUUGACUCUCUCAGCCCUUCCAGCCACUGAAGUGGGAACAAUUGCUCUCCAUUCAAAACUUAACCAAAACAUGUAAGGCAGAAGUCUGUGCAUGCAAGUCCAUGGACAGAAUUUACCUGUAGGUCUCAGCUCCACCACUCCCUUCCCUGCAGACUCACUAAGUGACCAUCACUCCCUGAAGACUCACUAAGUGUCCAUCCCUUUCCUGCAGACCCAUUAAGUGACCAUCCCUUCUGCAGAACCCCUCUGUGAUCAUCAAUUCCCAGUAGACUCACUAAGUGAUCAUCUCUUUCUUACAGACUCAGUUACAUUACUUCCUGCAGACCCAUUAACUGACCAUCCCUUCACUCAGACUCACUAAGUGACCAUCCAUUUCCUGCAGACUCACUAAGUGACCAUACCUUCUGUGCAGACCCAUUAAGUGAUCAUUUCUUUAUAUAAGACUCACUAACUGA